UAUUUGGGAUGCACUAUGUGUUUUCCUCCCCUUUUGCUUAGUCACUGUCUGGAUGAGGGCUAUUUUCUAUUGCAGGUGACCUUUGGGGAUGUUGCUGUGUACUUCACAGAGGAAGAAUGGGAACUGUUGGAUCAGAACCAGAGAUUUUUGUACAACGGGGUGAUGAUGGAAAACUAUAAGAAUGUGUCAUACCUGGGAGACCAUGUAAUGCUUCCAACAAUCUACACAGGAGAGAAACCAUACAAAUGCCAGCAGUAUGGCAAUUUUUUUUGUGAGAAGCAAGCCCUUGUGAAACAUCAGAGAGCCCAAACAAAAGAUAAACCAUACCAAUGCCUGCAGUGCGGGAAAUAUUUUGCUUCUAAGUCAUUUAUUGUUAUGCACCAGAGAGUCCACACAGGAGAGAAACCAUACAAAUGCCAGGAGUGUGGAAAAUGUUUUGCUUACAAGUCAGCCCUUGUCACUCAUCAGAGAGUCCAUACAGGAGAGAAACCAUAUAGAUGCCAGGAAUGUGGAAAAUGUUUUGCUGACAAGUCUUCCCUUGCGAAGCAUCACAGAGUCCACGCAGCAGAGAAACCAUACAAAUGCCAGCAAUGUGGGAAAUGUUUUGCUUGCGAGUCAUUUCUUGUGAAGCAUCAGACAGUCCACACAGUAGAGAAACCAUACCAAUGCCAGCAGUGUGGAAAAUGUUUUUCUCACAAGUCAACCCUUGUGAAACAUCAAAUAGUCCACACAGAAGAGACACCAUACAAAUGCCAUCAGUGUGGGAAAUGUUUUGCUUACAGGUCAGACUUUAUCACUCAUCAGAGAGUCCACACAGGUGAGAAACCAUUCCAGUGCCGGCACUGCGAAAAAUGCUUUGCUCGCAGUUCGGACUGCGAGAUUCAUCAAAGAGUCCACACAGGAGAAAAACCUUUCAAAUGCCAGGAGUGUGGGAAAUGUUUUGCUUGCAAGUCAUUCCUUGUAACACAUCAGAGAAUCCACACAGGAGAGAAACCAUACAAAUGCCAACACUGUUGUAAGUGUUUUGCUGACAAGUCUUCCUUUGUGAAGCAUCAGAGAGUCCACACAGGAGAAAAACCGUACAACUGCCAGCACUGUGGGAAAUGUUUUGCUGACAAGUCUUCCCUUGUGAAGCAUCAGAGAGUCCACACAGGAGAGAAACCAUACAAAUGCCUGCAGUGUGAGAAAUGUUUUGCAUACAAGUCAGUCCUUGUGAAGCAUCAGAGAGUCCACACAGGAGAGAAACCGUACAAAUGCCAGCAGUUUGAUGAAUGUAUUUCUCACAAAUCAGCCCUAGUAAUUCAUAACAGUCCACACAGGAAUGAAACCAUACAAAUCCCAGCCAUGUGGGAAAUGUUUUGCUUGCAAAUCACACCUUAAAAAAACACCAGAAUCCACAAAGGAGAAAAAACAUACAAAUGCCAGCACUGUGGUUAAUGUUUUACUUACAAGUCUGCCCUUGCAAAUCAUCGGAGUCCACACAGGAGAGCAAACACUGUGGAUUUAUUUUUACAGAGAAGUCAUAUAUUGUUAUUCAUCAAAGUUCACACAACAGAAACCAUAGAAAUGCCAGCAGUAUAGAAAGUUUUCCUUGCAGUUCACACCUGAUGAGUUUGAUAACUCAUACAUCAUAAGUCAUCAAGUCUUCUUGAAUUUUGAUCAUAAUAUCCCAGAGGACAAGAUCAAAAUUCAAGAAGUCCUGAAUAGAUUAGUAAGCUGAGUCGAAGCUAACAAAAUGAAUUUCGUCAUGUAGAAGUGUAAGGUACUACACUUAGGGCAGAAAAAUGAAAUGCAUGGAUAUAGGAUGGGGGACACCUGGAUUAGUGAGACAGGGGUUGGACUGGAUGGCUCUUGUGGUCUCUUCCAACUCUGAUUCUAUGAAAUACCAGCAAUGUGAAAAAAUUACAAACUAUAAAAUACCAGUAGUGUGAAAAAAAAUUAGCUCAAAAACCAGCCCUUGUGACUCAUUAGUGAAUCAAUACAAGAGGGGAAAAACCAUACAAAUGACAGCAGUGAGGGGAAUGUUUUUCUGACAAGUCUACUCUUGUGACUGAUCAGAAAAUCCACACAGCAGAGAAACCAUAAAACUGCUGAAAGUGUGGGAAAUGUUUUCCUCUGGAUUUAACCCUUUUGAGCAUCAAAAAGUUCACACUGGAGAUAAAAUGAACAUGUGAAAUACUUUUUGUUUGGAGUGACAGUACUUCUAGAUUCUGCUUUACAAAUCUAUUACUGUAUAAUCCCUUUUGAUGGUAUUUUUUUCAAAUCAUGUGAUUUGAAAAUAUCUUGCGGUUAUAUGUUAAUUCAAUUAACCUUGGAAUUAUUUGGAGUAUUUUGUUUUCUUGGCAGGCCAUCCAAUAGCUAAGACACAUAGCAUCAAUUAUGGAGGAUCUGUUUUAUUAAUGAGGUACUCCCCAACUCAUCACAUUCUGACCAUGGCUGCAUCCAUACUGCAGAAAUAAUCCAGUUUGACACCAUUUUAUCUGCUGAGGCUGAGUUCUAUGGAAUUUCCAUUUUUGUGAGAUAUUUAGCCUUCUCUGUCAGAGAGCUCUGGUACCACAGUAAGCUACAAGUUUCAUAGUCCAUACCUUUGAGCUAUAGCAGUUAAAAUGAUGUCAGUGUAUAUUUUGGUGUGGUUGGAUUAUUUCUGCAGUGUGGAUGCAGUCCAAGACGAUAGGUUGUGUGGUCAUAUAACCUGAGGGGGAAUUUCUUUCCCCUUUCUCCCUUUGUUGACACAUGAUGUCUACUGACUACCAUGUUAAAUGGUGACAUUUUCCUGUCCUCAGGACCUAAACAUGAAGCAGAAAAAUCCUGUUUUUUUGUAAUUUAUUAUUAUUAUUAUUAUUAUUAAUGUUUAUUUAUAUAGCGCCAUAAAUUUGCAUGGCACUUUGCAGGCAUCAUCAAAACAGCAUAUAAUCUGCCAAUGGCAGACAAUCUAAAAGUCAUAAAAUAUAAACUAUACAAAAUUAAGCAAGUUAUGCAACUAAAAUACAAAACUGUGAAAACAUAAUACAUAUAGUGAAAUCUAAAUUAUAAAACAAUAUUAAGCUAGAGUACCAAAUGUUUCUGAGAACAAGAAAUUUUUUAAUCCAGAUUUAAAGCUAAAUAGAGAAGAGAUCGUCCGCAGAUGUUUAGGGAGGUGGUUUCAGGAGUAUGAUGCAACAAAUGAAAAGAAUGAACCGAGUCAAGGAAGAAGAAAUCCUUGGCUGGGUAAGAAACCCCGAGCUCCUGGACCACAAAUCUCGAACAGGAUGAUAAGAUGAAAUAAGGACUGACAGAUAAGGGGGAGCUAGGUUGUGUAAAGCUUUAAACGUUAAGAGAAGAAACUUGUGCCGAAUCCUAAAAGGAAUGGGUAACCAUUGUAGAGAUGCUAGAAGUGGAGUGACGUGAUCAAAGCAAUGAGCUAAAAAAAUAACCUUAGCAGCAGAAUGUUGAAUGGAAAUCAGAGGACUAAGGUGGAAGUGGAAGCCCCAUCAAAAGAAGAUUGCAGCAGUCAAGGCGGGAGUUAACUAGGGUAUGAACUGAGGUCUUAGCAGUAGAAGCCGAUAGAAAAGGUCUAAUUUUAGCAAUAUUACGGUGCACCCUUUUUUACGUGGGGGAUCUGUUUCGGACCCCCCUGCGUAAAAAAUCCCACGUAUGCUCGAGCCCCAUUGAAAGUAAUGGUGCUCGUGCAUGGUGGCGCAGCAGGUUCGUGCCAUGGGUGUGUGCCCCAUUACUUUUGAUGGGACACGCCACUUGCGCCCUGUGUGCUCCCGUGUGGCUUUCUACAUAUGCUAUAAGCCACAUAUAGUGUGUCCGUGUAUGACGCAGGCACACUGCAUAAAGAAAACA